GGUAUGAUGAAUCACCAUUUUUCUCUUCGGGAGUUUGUGUGUCUUCACUGUUUCCCUCGUAAUUUGCAUCGUCAACUUGUCUUCUCACGUUUGAAUGGUUUUGUAGGACUGAAGUUUAUCUACGGUAGAGAGUCACGUGCUCAGAGAUGCACGUGAUCGCCAGGUAUAAACACUUGACAUAGUUCAUGAAUUACCAAACAUGUCAAGUGUUAUAUAGGGGCACGUACGUUGGAUAUGGUGUAGCUGAGGUCCUGAGUAAACAGUUACUCCAACGAAAUUCCGGAGCAAAGGUAGAUGAAAAGCCGGUUGCCAGCUCAAGUUUCAAAAACAGCAUUUCCGGAGAUAAGCAGAAUCCUGAUUUUUCAACAUCACACACUGAGCAGAGAUGGUGUCUGCAUUUAUGCCACUGGUGCUUCUGGCCGAGGCGGUGGGCCUGGUGGUCGUGGGGCUGGUCAUCGCCUGGAUGGUUGUUUACCAGGAUGGCUUUGCCCUUGACCGCAGCAGCAAGGAAUUCAACCUCCAUCCCGUAUUCAUGGUGCUGGGGCUCCUCUUCCUAAAUGCUAAUGCCUUGAUGACCUACCGUAUCAUCGGCAACUUCCUCAACCGGACAGUGGUCAAGAUCAUCCACCUGAUCUUGCAAACGUUGGCUGUGGUCUUUGCCUCCUUUGCUCUGGCCUGCGUCUUCCACUUCCACAACGCCAGCGGCUUUGCCAACCUCUACUCCUUGCACAGCUGGGUGGGCAUUGCCACCUUUGCCUUCUUCUGUGUUCAGCUUAUUCUGGGCUUUUUGGCGUUCAUCAUCGGCGGGUACUUUCUCCCGUCGUCCACGGAGUACCUCCGCAAAGUGUACCUCCAUGUGCACGUUUACGGCGGCGCGUUGAUCUUCCUGAUGGCUGCGGCUACAUCAUUGCUGGGAACUGCCGAGUUCAUCUCCUUCAAAAUCAAGAACUACUCGGAACUACCAGCACAGGGGGUUUUGGCCAAUGUUCUGGGCGGGUUCAUCGUGUUCUUUGUUGCUCUAGUGUGCUACAUUCUGUACAACGAAAAGUACAAGGCGUCGGCCCCACAGUCACCUCCCUAUGAGCAGCAAAUCAACAUUGAAAAAGACUAAAUGGAGUCUGGGUAACUGACUUCACAAAAAUUCAUUUGUUUUUUCAUGGUAUUGAGCUCACACUGUGUUAGUAUGAUGUUACCCUUCAAAAAACUAAUAAAAUUCUCCUUUGUGCAACUUAAAUGCAGGGAGAACCGAGAGAAGACCAUUAGAUUACAGUAAAAUAGGAAGAAAGCUUUCAACACUUACCACAGACCUUUUUCACUGCUGUGACUAAAUGUAAACAAUACCACCAGGUAUGGUGGUAUAUUCUUACGGGCAACUUCAAUCACGUGCAAGCGCAUGUGCGAACGCUGCAUGCUUGACUAGUUUAUCUUGAAUAAGUAGUUUUCAAGAUGUAUUUUUUU